GGGUGAGUUAUGAAAUCCGGGGCUAAUAAGGUCCCGGUGCUAGGUCGUUAUUUAGCAGCCCUGGUUUCACGCACGCGUUCUUACCCAGCAUUCCACUGCACAGAAAUGGCGAUGGAUAACUCAACGCCAAGUCGGCACGAGAAAAGCUUGGGGUUGCUGACUACAAAAUUUGUUUCAUUAUUGCAGGAGGCAAAGGAUGGGGUUCUAGACCUCAAAGUUGCUGCAGACCAACUCGCUGUCAGACAGAAGAGAAGAAUUUAUGACAUCACCAAUGUUUUGGAAGGGAUUGGUUUGAUUGAGAAGAAAUCUAAAAAUAGCAUUCAAUGGAAAGGUGCAAGUGCAAAUUACUCAGACACAGAAUAUGGGGUUAAUCAGGGUAAUGGCAACAAUUCGGAGAUCUCAGACAGAUUACUGACCCUGAAACAUGAGAUUGAGGAGUUGGAGCAACAAGAGAAGAAAUUGGACUUGCACAAGUCUUGGGUUCAACAGAGUAUUAAAAACGUCACUGAUGAAGUCACAAAUACACAGGCAGCUUAUGUCACACAUGAAGACAUUUGUCGGAGUUUUAGAGGAGACACUCUCUUAGCCAUACAAGCACCAUCAGGUACUCAGCUAGAGGUACCUAUACCUGAAGUGGGUCCUGGGUUUAAGAAGAACUACCAGAUGCACCUGAAGAGUCACUCUGGUCCCAUCCAUGUUCUGUUGGUGAACAAGGACACAGAGGAGACCAGUCCUGUGGUGGUGCAGGUGCCUCCCCCCAAAGAUGACGACUUAGAGAACCAGAAUGUUGAUCCCAACCAAGCACCAGGCAAAUCAAAACCCAUCAAACGCUCACCUCAGAAAUCUCCAUUGCGUCCGUCACAACCAUCCUCAGAUGUAGAAUUUCCCACCCGCAUGUCAACGAGGUCAUCACCACGGAAACAAGGCCAAUCUUCACAAUCAUUUCCUUCCACAUCUGAUGCUCAAGCCAGUCUCGAUUCUCUUCCUAGUGACAUAUUGUUUGACCCCAAUGACCCUCGUCAUACAGGCCUUGAAAUACCAAGUGAAGGAGAUUUAAUAGAGGAAUUGAUGUCUUCCGAGGCUUUUGCUCCCUUACUUCGAUUAAGUCCACCCCCUUCCGACAGAGACUAUUAUUUCAAUCUGGAUGACUCGGAGGGGGCGUGCGACCUUUUUGAUGUCCCUUUACUGACCAAUUACUGAGCACUCUACAGCGAUUCCCUCCUACCUCACGUGCCUCUAACAGGGACCAGUGUUGUUGUCGAGACUGUUGAAAAUUGUUUGGCAGAUCUCACUUAGAGGACGAUGUUGAUAGUCGAUCACAACAGCUUCACACAGACCUGAUGUGGCUGGGUGAUCGGAUCCAAUGACUAGUGCUGCCAUCAGAAACUGUUGGCUCAGUCAGAGAAUUGCCCUCAUGUAUAAAUAUCAAUGUGAAAUGCUAUGUACGUGCUAGUGUAAUCCCUUGAGCACACUGUUUAUAAACAUAAUAUUUAUAAAGAGAACAAUGUUCAAUUUGAUGAAAGUGCUUUUCCACACAAAAAAACUACUGACAUUUCCUAGUGUAGUGGUAGUGCUAUGAUGACACAAAACAUUUUAAAUUAUUUGCGAAAAGAAAACCUUAAUUCAAAGAAAAUAUCUAAACUCAUUCAAUGCUCAGCCUUAAAUACUUCAUGUAAUACUGUGCACAUUAAGUAUUAUUAAUUACAUUUUAUUUUUUAUAAUCACAAUUUCUGCAAAUUAAAUAAACCAACUUAAUACCAGGAUCAAUAAAAUAGGAUGUGUAUAUGUGUAUGGUAGUGAAAAAAACCAUGUACUUUGUUUUUAGUAAUAUCCACAUAUUUAUGUAGUUCCUGAAAAUGUACAAAGUGAGACUUCAUAGCUUAGUAGCUAAUGGCCUAACGUUAGGAAUUUUUUAGAUAAACUCUUAAUAGAAGAAAGUGAUAUGUCUGAAGCAGAAAAAAUCGGUGAAUAGAAUUAUAUCAAUAAGAUGGUCAGUAAGUUAAAGACUUCCAUGAAUUUGCUAUGCUACAGUUACUUCUAACAGCAAUUAAGUGUAUCUGCAUGAGGGUUAGUUUAUCUCUGUAUAUAUACACAUAGUAUUGAAAUGGUCAUUUAGUUGUUAUGUAUUUUUUUAAAAAUUUUGUUACCUGCAUUUUGAAUUGUUAGUGUUGAAAAAUCUGGUAUUUUUGUAUUGUUACUUUAAGCUUUAUACAAUCGUGACCGCAAGUCUAUGAUUGAGUUCAAGUGACUAAACUCCUUAUUGAUUGUAACAGCAUGGUAAUUAAAAACCUCUAUUAACUACACUGAGGUUGAGGAGUUUGUAAGUAUGUAUGUUGUAAUACAUGAAUUUGAAGGAGUUCUUUGUGUUCAGUUGUCUUAAAACUUCGUUGUUUGACUUUAUGUUAAGAAUUGUCUUGCAGAAAGUUUAUUUUCAUUUGUCUUGAAAAUGUCUCUGUAUCACGCAAAAACAAAUAUACUUUAUUACAAAAAAAACCUUGAAUUUACACAUUAAAAUAAACUGUGAUAGGAUGAA